AAUAGACGGCGGGACUGCUAGACUGUUGCAUAGUAAUCGACUGAUACUCACCUCAUCAUGCGUCUCAACGAAAAUACAGCGAUUGUGGGCGAACACGUCGUCCUGGUACCCUACCGACGAGAACAUGUCGAGCGGUAUCACGAAUGGAUGAAGAGCCCAGAACUGCUAGAGGCUACGGCUUCGGAACCUCUUUCCCUUCAAGAAGAGUACGAAAUGCAAGAAAAAUGGCACGUGGAUGACGACAAAUUGACUUUUAUCGUCCUCUCAAAACCCACCGAUGCUAGCGUCCCAUCGAUAACAGCAGAAUCCGUUAACUCUCUUCAGAUGAUCGGGGAUACAAACCUCUUCCUCCCUGACGGUCCGGAAGAAGAUGUGGAAUGCGAGAUUAUGAUUGCUGAACCCGAAUUCCGUGGGAAAGGCCUAUCAAAGGAGAUCUUGUCCCUUCUCCUGAAUUACGCACAGUCACACCUGAAUAUCCCUCCCCGUAACUUCAUCUCUCGAAUAGGCCUCUCCAACGAAGCCUCGAUCGGUCUCUUUGUAAAACUAGGUUUCGGGAAGGAAAAAGUCGUAGAGGUCUUCCAGGAAGUAACGAUGCGUUUCGGAUGGGUGGAAGGGAGCGAGGAUGGGAAGUUGGAUGAGACGGAAAGGUUGGAGCAAAUGAGAAGGGAGAAGUGGGGUAUAUUCGGACAGGAGAUAGCUUGUUGAGUGCAACGAUCGUAGAUACAGCUCAUGCGGGUUCCAGAUCUAUAUGUCAAAAAUUAUAUUGAUUUACAAGUA